UUGUUCAGUCUCCGUGUGUGGUUUGUGUGGUGCGUGAAAAAUUUUCCCGUUUUGUGUUGGUGGGUAGCGGAAACUUAAAAGAGUCAUUCAUUCUAUUUGUAAAUUAAAAGAAAAAGUAAAUAAAACAAGUAACUGUGGUAAUUUUUUAAGCCUAAAGUGGAUAAAUUUUGCUUGCUUAUUUGUUAUUGUUUAAGCCUAGAUAUUUAAGCAUCAGUCUUAAUUAAAGUCUGAUGUGUUCCAUUCUUGGAUUUGUAUCUUUUGAUACAGAACAUUCAAAAUGUACUAUUUAUGUUUGAACAUAUGCCACUGACGUCGAAAAAGAAAUCCCCAUUGCGUUAACUGGUUUGUGUGUGCAGCGACAACUUACUGCUUUUGAUUGUGGAUAUACCAACACACCAACCAAUCAAUAAAAGGGUAUGUACGAGCAUGUCUCAACCAUGGUAUAUAUGCAUUUAUAUUUGCAGUCUUAACUACGCAAAGUCAAGCCUUAGGGCAAGGAAAUACCGAAUAGCAAUGCGAACAGCAUCGAAGAAAAUCAAACAAUACACAAACAAAACAGCGAACGGCACAUGACUGCAUCACAAACGAAAUUACCGACGCCGAGGACGACGACAUAAAGGUCGCCACAGAAUAACCGAACACGAUACCGAAGCCAAAAGCAAUACAAAACAAAAACAAACGACGAAAAAAGAAAAUAAAACGAAGGUGAAAUCAACAAAUCCGCAGCAGAACCCGCAGUACUACUACAAAUGUGCUUGCAAGCGCUCUGCACGGUAAAGAGGGAUAAGCAUCAUAGGCACCGUUGCCACUAAUAUUACCACAAUAUUACUACAACAAAUGUACAUACAUAACAGAACAGCGCGUGCUAAUAUUUACUAAUACUAUAAAGGCAUUAACUGUAUCACAAUUAAAGUAUCUUCUAUUAGCAGUUGUACUCGCUUAGGAUAAAUUGCUCUGGUCCUCGCGACAGUGUUUCUUAAUCGUUGGCCGGUGUUUCGCAUGCCUUUACUUUUUAGUGGUAUUAAAAAGUCUAACACAUUAAAAAAUGUCAAUAAAAGUCAAGUAGUAGAACACGAAGCACAUUAAUCAACUAACUGUAUCCAAAGCUUUUUCAAAUUUAAAGCCCUCCAUAUUUUUCCACUUUUUAAGUCGUAAAUAAUAAAAAAAUCCAAACAUAACUAGACUGAUAGUUUAUAUUAAUAAAUUAAACAUCUCAAUUGAAUUUAAAACUAAGCGAGCGUUCACAAAAUCAACAAAACACAAACAAGCAACUUAAGCGUGCAACAAAUGAUCUCGAAAUCAAAACGGAAUUCCAUGAUAACGCAAUAAAUGCAACAAAAUGUUGAACUUAUUUUAGUUUAAUGCAAAAUCAUAAAAACAUACAAAAAUACACAUUAAAACAACUCAAAGGAAUAUUGAUAAACCAAAUACCAACAAAUAACAUUGCCAAAAACAGAUAGAAUUGCAGCAUUUUUCAUAGCAACAAUAAACUUACAAAAAAAAAUUAAAUAUUAAAAAUAUAAAAAAAAAACGUAAAAUAAAAUAAACGGACAAAAACAAACCAAAAAACGGCCAACAAUAUUGUAAACGUGAAAUGUGUCGGAACAAUGCUAAGCAUUUAAGGCGCGCUGCUCUCAUGAAUAAUCAAAUUUAAUACAAUACAAAAAAAGAAAAAAAAGAGUUGAACGUUUUUAUUGUUUGUUUUUACAAAAGUGAUUUUCCUUCUUUGGCGGCAGCAAAUUCGUUGCACAUCAUUCGUUACACAUUGGUUUUGUUAAUAGAGUGCCACAGCAGAGCGAGCUGCUGGCGCAGGAUAAACAAAUUUUAUUUAUAACCUACCGUGCAACUGAGCGAGCGUAGCAGCAGUGAGCAUUGAGCGAGCAGCCAGCAAGCGAACAGAAUGGGCAAUAAAUGUUGUAGCAAGCGGCAGGAUCAGGAGCUGGCUCUCGCCUACCCGAGUGGUUAUAAGAAAUCAGAUUACACCUUCGGCCAAACGCAUAUUAAUAAUAGCGGCCAAAAGCACAACAAUGGCGGCUCGUUGGAUUCACGUUACACACCGGAUCCGAAUCGUGGCCCGCUUAAAAUUGGCGCCAAGGGUGGCGCUGACAUAAUACGCCCGCGUACAACACCAACUGGCGUUCAAGGUGCCCUGCCUAACAAGCGACGCGUUGUUGUCGCCCUAUACGACUACAAGUCGCGCGAUGAAUCUGAUUUGAGUUUCAUGAAGGGUGACCGGAUGGAAGUAAUCGACGACACUGAAUCCGAUUGGUGGCGUGUAGUCAAUUUGAACACACGUCAGGAGGGUUUGAUACCUCUAAAUUUUGUCGCCGAGGAGCGUAGUGUGAACAGUGAAGAUUGGUUCUUUGAAAAUGUGCUACGAAAAGAGGCCGAUAAGCUCUUGUUGGCGGAAGAGAAUCCACGCGGUACAUUUCUGGUACGCCCCUCGGAGCACAACCCCAAUGGGUAUUCGUUGUCGGUGAAGGACUGGGAAGAUGGACGUGGCUACCAUGUGAAGCAUUAUCGCAUCAAGCCACUCGACAAUGGCGGCUACUACAUUGCCACAAACCAGACUUUCCCUUCGUUGCAGGCGCUGGUGAUGGCCUACAGUAAAAAUGCACUUGGCCUUUGCCACAUUCUGUCACGUCCGUGUCCGAAGCCGCAACCACAAAUGUGGGAUUUGGGACCGGAAUUGCGUGACAAGUACGAGAUUCCACGCUCCGAAAUUCAGUUGAUACGCAAAUUAGGACGCGGCAACUUCGGUGAAGUAUUCUACGGCAAGUGGCGCAACAAUAUUGAUGUCGCUGUGAAAACACUGCGCGAAGGUACCAUGUCGACACAGGCGUUCCUGCAAGAAGCGGCUAUCAUGAAGAAGUUUCGACACAAUCGACUGGUGGCAUUGUAUGCUGUAUGCUCACAGGAGGAACCCAUUUACAUUGUGCAAGAAUACAUGUCUAAAGGCAGCUUAUUGGACUUUUUACGUGAGGGUGAUGGGCGCUAUUUACACUUUGAAGAUCUUAUUUAUAUAGCCACACAAGUGGCAUCCGGCAUGGAAUAUCUCGAAUCGAAACAAUUGAUACAUCGCGAUCUGGCCGCACGAAAUGUGCUAAUCGGCGAGAAUAAUGUUGCAAAAAUUUGUGAUUUCGGUUUAGCGCGUGUUAUCGCUGACGACGAAUACUGCCCCAAGCAGGGAUCGCGUUUCCCUGUGAAAUGGACCGCCCCAGAGGCGAUAAUCUAUGGCAAAUUUUCAAUAAAAUCCGACGUAUGGUCGUAUGGUAUUUUGUUAAUGGAACUAUUCACCUACGGACAAGUGCCAUAUCCAGGCAUGCAUAGUCGAGAAGUCAUUGAGAAUAUCGAACGAGGCUUCCGCAUGCCAAAACCAACUAAUCAUUAUUUCCCUGAUAAUAUUUAUCAUCUACUACUACAAUGCUGGGAUGCGGUGCCGGAAAAACGACCAACAUUUGAAUUCUUAAAUCACUAUUUCGAGUCGUUCACUGUGACGUCCGAGGUGCCCUACCGAGAGGUGCAGGACUAAGCAGCGAACAUAGUAGCACUCAAACAGCGGCGAGAGUGCUGCAACAUUGCCAGUGCGACAUAUACAUACAUAAAAAUAUACAAACAUAAAUUAACUAGAUUUAAUUUUAAGCCUUUUAAAUUGAAUUGAGAAGUGAGCCGCAUAAGAAAGAGAUAUAAAAAACAGACAAAAAAACAAAACAAAAAAAUGGAAUGAGAAAGUGAAAGAGAUUUGGAGUAGCGCUAACGGUUGUCAGCAAAAUAGAGGUGCGUACACACGCAUGCUACAUGUACGAGAGCGCUGACAUUGUCAAUGAUGUACCAAUUGAAAGACAAUUUUUACAUUCAAAACAGAGAAUAGAAAAAAAUACUGCUACAUACUAAAUGCUAUUCUACAUUAUAUACAUUACAUAUAGUACGAGUAUGAUAUAUACGAACGUUUAUGAUAGUAUAUGAGAAACAAAAACAAAACAAAAAAUAUUUUACACUUGAUAAGCGAAAUCUUUUAUAAUUUAUAUAGAGGUAUUUAUGUAAUUUUAAGCUUAUGGCAAAUGAAUUGUGCUAUAUGAGAAAAGCAUUUAACAAAAAUACAAGAACCACAACAAUAAAACUUUUAGUCAAAAAAGCUGCAAAAUUAAAAAACAUCUUAAAAAAAUUCCAAAACGAAUGAAUACAGUAAUUUUUUGAAAGUAUUUAUUAAAUUUAUUGCGCGUACGUAGCAUUCUAUUCCUCUCUACCUCUUCCGCUCUCUCGCUCUCUCUCUUUCCCCCUGUCUAUCUCUCUAUUUAGCGCAUUAUUAAAUAAUGCCCCUAUUGUAAUUUUAUUAUUUACAUUAUUUUUGUUAAUUUGCGUUCACGAGUGCUUAUUUUCUUCAUUCUAUAUAUUAUAUACAUUAAUGUAGAGUGUAGUACUUAAAUCUUAUAUUGUUGUAAGUUUACUGAACAUUUUCCGAAUAUUUCCAACUGAAUUUACUAUACUAUUGUACUCCUUUAAGAACUAGUUUAUAUAAGUAUGUAACAAGUUUAAUAACCAAUACAAAAAGUGUGCAAACAAUGGUACUGCAUUUAUACAUACAGUUUAUUUUUAGUAUACUACACCGCAUAUACAACACGUAUCUCUUAGAUACAUAUACAUGCAUACAAACAUGUGCAUCAUUUAAAAUAAGUAAAUAAGUAGCAUUUUAUAAAAAGUACGCUACCGAAAGAACAACUAACCUUUAACGCUAUGAAAAUAAUACGUAAGCCAUUAAGCCUGAAUUAACACGCCAAAAAAUACACACAAAAGCACGCCAGUGGUAAAGAGCCGUUUUUAGUGUUGCUUUAGGUUAAAAAUAAGUUUAUGCGUUUUAUUCGCCAUUCAUUAAUCGCGUCAAGUUAGUUUACAUGGAAGUCAAUCACAAGCAUAUUCACAAAUAUUUGUUAUUAUAAUAUCCUAAAACAUUGUGCACAUUUUUUACGCCGAUUGCUGUCGUAUACAGUGAAAAAGUGAAAGCGAGGCCCAAAUUCGGUUCUGCGUGCUUGUGCUUGACGAAGCAAUGCCACCGGAACGUCCCGGUUUUAUAUUCGAAAAAGCAUAGAUAAACCAGCAGCAAAAAAAAAAUGCUACAACAACACCAACCAAUACAAUUUAAAAUAUCAAUUCCGCCAUCACCCAGAACUUGAAAGCCUGGGUUGUUGUAGCAAAACAAUUUUAUAUUGUUGGAAUUUGGUAUUGGCGGAACGCAUUCGCUUUUUAUGUAGUUAAGUUUUCAAUCUGCGUUUAGGUAAGACUAACUUUUUGAAUUCUUGACUUUAUAGCUAAGUUAUAAGUAUGUGUAUGCAACUUGUUGUUGUUGUUGUUGUUGUGCUAGUUGUUGGUUUUGUAGUGAAUGCUGCUGGAGUGACUUCCUUGUUCAGCUGUAAAUCCGGAUCAUUCCGGUAAUCGAUAGUGGAUGUGGAAGGCUAAAUCAAAGAACGAAUGAGGACAAGAAGGUACAUAUAUUUACCAUUCUCUGCUGCUCAGACUCACCGAGCUUUUGCAAAAGCCAAUUGAUUCACAAACCAGUUAUUUUUUUACGUUGUGAAAUAAGGCAGUUCCGCUUAGGUAGUAAAACGAGCUCGUUGCGACUGCAUCUUGUUGUCCUUCCACGUUCUCGGACCAUUCUAUUGGGGAAUAUAUGUAAGUCAGCUGUGGUAAAUAAAAUUUGGAAACGUUUUUCUGUACUUUAUUUUUGUCGUACUUGUUGUUCCUAUGAAUUCGCCUUCUUGAGUCACAGUUUUGUGAAGAUAAUAUCGAAACAUGCUUUUGAUAUUUUUUUAUAAUCGCUUGUUGUUGUUGUAGCAGCAUAAACAUUCCCCAUACUUGCAUACGGGGAAUGCUGCUGGAAUGACAGUCCUUGACCGGAUAUAAAUCCGACUCGUUUCGGUAACGUAGAACCGACUGUCGUGGAAACGACAAGCAUAUUUUGUUUCGACAAAUUAUAAUCGCUAGCAGAUUUUAGUGGAUAGUGAAUGGCGAAAAAAGAAUUGCAUUUUUGUAAACAACUUCAGCGUGAUAGAAAAAAGGGGAAAGUUUAAAAUGCUUUUCAGUGCAAAUUUAACUGUAGCUUAUUCGCAAACUAAAUUUUGGUUUAGCUGAAUAUGAGAUUUAAAUUUCCAUUGAAAAAAACUAGCCCUUCCUCGCUGUUUCACUAAUGCAAAGUGACGAAAACUAAACUCGAAAAAUAUUUAUGCCAGUAUUUGCAAACCCUACUAGAUAUUUGUUUCAUUUGUUUGUUUUUUGAAAUUUAAAAUUGCGAAGUUACGGCUCUUUAUCACUACACUUUUGAUAUACUGGCAUACAUAUAACCAGGCACCCAUUGACACUGUCAUCCUCUUUGUUUUGUGUAUAGUCACUAAGGAAAUAUUUUGUCUUAAUUUAACUUUUUUUUUAAUUCAUGGCAGGUUAUAUCCUGAAUUUUGUAAGUAAAGUAAGAAGUAAAACUGAAGUCGGAAUGCUUAGUUUUUAUUUUAUUUGUAUUAAAUAUAUCUGAAAUUAUUUUUCCGCGGUUCUCAUUUCCAUACAUACAUACAUACAUACAUAUAUAUUCAUAUAUAUAUAUUUUCAAACACUACUUUCUACACACUACAUAAACAGACGUUAGCUUUACAGUGGAAUGAAAUGUUAUGGGGUGUGUAAAUAAGCUGAUCAAUAUAUUCCUGGGCUAUCCGAUAGAAAGUAGAAAGAAACUGAGGAACAUAACUGACCAAGAAAACUUAAAUAUUUUGUAGAAGCGAAAAAUGAGUUGUGGCAGUAAGUUUCAAAUUACAGAACUCUAUAUUUAUUUUUAUUUCAUAAUUUUUGUUGCUUUUUAACACAUUAAGUUGUACUAGACGCAAUUAAGUUUUUAAUCACAGUUGAAGAAAUACAGAAGAUUGCGCAUAACACUGAAUUUUACAGCAUCAGUUGUAGAGCAGCCGCAAUUUUAGAAGUUUACUGAAAUUCUGUUUAUUGUAAGCGACUAUUUUCUUUUUAUUCUCUGCCAAAGUUAAUAUUAACCUAGCCUAACUUUUCAUUUUGGUCUUCUUGUUGUUGUUUUUCUAAAUUGACAUUACAAUAAAAUUAAUCUGCAAUUUUUCUAAAGGCAUUCAGCUGAACCAAUUUGAUCGGUACUAGCGAAUUAAGCAAGAAAAGUUCCAAAUAGUUAGAAACCAAAAAUAAUUUUUUAUAAAAUGUUUUUUUUUUUUGUUUUAUUACACCCUUUUUUUCAUUUAUUUUUAAUAGAAUGCAUAAUAUCCCAAAAAAUUUCAAAGCAAAAAUGUCUAGUCGAUCGGAACAAAAUUGACAAAGUUAUGAGUACUUGAACGUCUGUUACUUCAGGCCAUAUUUCUACAACCGUGCGACUUUAAUUGGUAAAUAUAAAUCAAAGUAGUUGUGUUAACCUACAACUGAUUGCUGUUACAACGCGAAACCUUACGAAUUAAGAACAUUAGAAUAGUGGAGAAGAAAGAAAGAAGCGGUUGGGGUACUACAGCAUUUUUCAGAAUAAGCAAAUAAGUCAAUUGAUAAUCAGUUAUCGGGGAGUGCGUAUUCUUUCCAAAUUUUUUAUACCACACUAAUGCAAUGUAAAUUUAUUUUCAACAAUCGUUCUUUCUCUUCACACAAUUUUUGUAGUGCUCAGUUAUACGCGGAGCCCGGAGAUAUAUUGACUCAGAAAAUGCUGUAUUAUUGAGGUAGGCAAAAUAUUUUAAAGUUGUGAGUUCUUUAAAGCGACUUAUAGUUAGAUUGUAUGACUUGGUUUUUUUCCCAUUUCCACUAUCGGUUUUACUUUAUAUCCAGCCAAGUACUGUCACUUCAGCAGCAUUCUAUAAAAAAAUCAUGAGGAAUGUCUUGUGUUGUCACAAAAACAUAGUUUUACGUUUCUUAAAAAUUAGGCAUAAUUUAUUGCUUUAAAUUUUUUAUUUUAAGUAUUCACGCGAACUCACACCCAAGGCACAUUCAUUAAAGGUGAUGGCACUAGACCAACAACAAUAAUUUGUACGUUGGAUUGUCAAAGAAAAGUAUAGGCGAAGUAGAAAACAAAAAAUGAAUUCGCCUUGUUUCACUCUGCCACAUGGACACGGCAAAAGAAAAAAAGUAAACCAGUCGAUUUAACGAUACCAUCUUUAAUAGAUUCGCCUUGCUUACACCUGUAUGCGUUUUAUUCCAUUGUGUUGUUAUAAUUUCCUAAACAAAGAAAAACAUUUUUUUCCUAAAAUAUGAGAUAUAUUUUUUUUGUACAAUCCAGUUAUUGUAUUCCACGUCAGUAAUUUUUAUGAAAGAAAACGAAUUUAAUUUUAUAUAUCUUAAGAUCCAAAAAACAAAAGAAAAGAACAAAAACACAUUCCUAUAAACACUCUUCACUCAACCGCAUUUUUUACGCCUAUCUGCAUUUUCUAUUUCUAAAAUUCCAUUACUGCUCAUUACCCAUAAAGGUUUCAGAACUACACAUAUAUGAUUUUGAAAGCUUAUCCUUAAUGCUUAUCUCUAUGGAACAUUCUUCAUUUUCUUCAUAUUAUGCAACUUCUCCAGCGUGCGAGCUUUCUCAUUCGAAGAUCAAUUUAGAAUAACAACUCCAUUUCAACUGUUUAUAAUUAGUAUAAUGAGAAACGUAUUUAUAAUAGAUAUAUACCUAUAUAUAGAUAUGAAUGAAACCAAAGUUAUUUUUUGUUUAAAAAAAACACACAAAACAUUUACAAUUGUAACAGUCCAUUUUUAUUUGUAACGAAAUUUCUUAUAUACCUAUAAGGCAUAAAAGUAAUACAUACAUACAUGAAUUCUUGCAUAUAUACAUACAUACAUCCAUACAUAAAUGCAAACAUUCAUACAAAUAUAUUUGAAUGAAAAACAACCAAGCGAAAAUGUAACAUUCACAUACGUACGAGUACAUAAAUACGUCUAAAACAUAAAAUGUAAUGAAAUCAUUGAAGAAAAAUCAGUAGCAUCACAAUAAUAAAUACAAUCACAAUACAUACAUACUUACAUAUGCAUACCUAUUGUACGAGUAUUAUGUAUGAACGCAUAUAGAAAAAAAGAAGAUAUUUUAGAAAGAAAAUUAAAAAUGAUUAAUUCAGAAUUAGAACAAAUGUUUUAAAUGCAUUUAUAGUCUGCAGAUCUUUCCCAGUUUACGCUGAUGCUAUUGAACCGAAUAACACUAUGCAACAGCAUUCUUGCAAUAGAGUAAUAAUAGACCGCACCGAUUGCUCUCCCGCAGCGAACCGCCAAGAGGCGUCGUACCAUGAACGUGAAGAGCUUUUUAAGUGUCAAUGUAAAUAGGUGUAUUUCGGGAAGGGAGCGUUGCGCUGUCCAUUUUCUUAGUAGGCAAUCUUAUAUUUCGCCCCGGCAGAACUUGUUUUUAUUCUCAUUCGAAGGUCGAAGAUUAACUGGUCCUUAUGGGUCGUUCUACUGUGCGUAUGGUAUGCACAACAACUGCGCUUUCUAGUGAUGCGAUGUUUAUGGCAAAGUUGUUUCCUUAAAAAGUUUCAAACUCUGUGGCGGCUGCCCGCAUUUUUUACAAAGGUAUCUAAACACGUUCAAAUUGACUUAAAAGUUUCUUCAACUACCUUUAUUCGGCGCUUUAUUAGACGCUCUACACGCCAACGAUACAGCACGGCAAAGCGCUUCAAAUAUUUGGGGGUGUGCGCCGCACUCAAUAAGUUCUGCAAUAUUGCGACUCUAUUACUUUUUUGAUGGCCCUCGGCUGAUAAGUUGCCGCAAUAUUGCAAAAGUCAUUUCGCGCCGAACGUGUAGCUUGAAAAUAUGGAAACUUUGAGCCUCAUUUGAACUUAAUUUAACUAGCACCAAUAAAUAAAAAAUAUUAAAAUUAAAAAAAAGGACUAGCCUUUCCUCUUCCAUUUCAACGCCGCAAAGAAUACUUUUACAUUGCGCUUGAUUAGCUGGUGAUAAACAACCAAUUGUCAACAUUUUACUAACAGAACCCGCGACGUUGGCAUUGUCGCAGAAAUUUUGUAACAGAACGGAAUCACAUCUCAGAAAAAGUAACACUGCCACAAUUAUUACAGCUCGCUUCAUUUUUUGUAUAUGCUUGGACUGUGCGGAUAUAUAAAUAACUCUUCUUUAUUUUCGUUUCCAACGAUUAUUGUACAUAUUUUAUCAAAUAUGGAAAUACCCGCUCAAAUUAUCGUCUAACAGCAUUUUAAAAUAGUAUAAAAGAACACAAAAAUCUAAAAAUAUCGAAAAAUUGUAACUUGAUUCGAAUUUUCUUUUACAACAUGUGCAACACAUACAUAGGCAUUUCACCAACACCUAAAAAUAAUUUUAAGUAGAUUUGACAGUAACUGGGUGCCUUAACACUUUAUUUUCUGUUCUAACUUUAUUUUCUCAAUUAUUAAAUGUUUGCUCACUUGUGACAUUAGAGUUUUGGCUCUUCCGUACAAAAGUUUUCAAUUAAAACGAGUUAAAAAAGUGGAACAAAUUAAAUUACUUUUAGUAAAAGUGGUAACGAAAAAGUUUUUUUUAUGUAAAUGGAAACAAACUGCCAACGGUUUAAAAUUAAUUUAAAAUUAUGGUACAAGGUGGCACAAAAUCAAUAAUUCACCCCAUUGAAAGAUUUACAAUUUUUGUUCAGCAAUCAUAUGUUGCCGCCGUAGCCGAAUGGGUUGGUGCGUGACUAUUAUUCGGAAUUCACAGAGAGAGCGUAGGUUCGAAUCUCGGCGAAGCACCAAAAUUAAGAAAAACAUUUUUUUAAUAGCGCCUGCCCCUCGGCAGGCAAUGGCAAACCUCCGACUGUAUUCCUGCCAUGAAAAAGCUCCUCAUAAAAACAAAAAAUCUGCCGAUCGGAUUCGGCUUAAAACUGUAGGUCCUUCCAUUUGUGGAACAACAUCAAGACGCACACCACAAAUAGGAGGGGGAGCUCCGAGGAGCACCUUGUAUAAAAAUGGUUUAACUUAAUCUAAGAACUACAUAUACAUAUAUAUUUUGCGAAAUUUUUAAAUUUAAAACCGAUCGCGAAGUGGCGAAGUUUCAUAGUAGAAGCGUACGUAAAUUGGGAGUUUUGACCCCCAAGUCUCAAUUUUUCUUCCACCACGAACUAUUUGACAACUAAGCGUAGGUAUUUAAAUUAAUUAUUAUUUAAUUUAAAGGCCUGUUUUAAAAGUUCUCUUUUAUUUUGCGUUGAUUUGCGUACAUCUUGAAUUAAUUGGUGCAAUUCUGUUUUGAAAAAAAAAGAAGCUUUUUGACUUUGGCGCUCACAUUUACGCGCUGCGAGCACGCAUUAAGCUUUUCCAAAUAGCUGUCGCAGCCCCGAGUAGUUGUACCGUUAAAAUUUUUGAAUACUAAAUAGCUCCAAGUUUUUCGCGGUACUCGGAAAGCUGGUGCAGUGUUUGUUAAGUCUCCUCUGGGCACUUCAUCCACCCAUGUGAAGGUGGGCUAAUAUGAAACAUAUUCUGUUAAUUCCAACUUUCUUAUACUGAGGCCUUUUCCACCUCUUUUCCCUGCCGUAGCUCGUCCUCCUCCUCGUCGUCAGAAAUAAAGCGUUUUAAAUUCUCCUCUAAUGUCCCACCGGUGUUGCGGGCUGUGACUAAUUACAUGUUUUCAAUUGAACUUUUUUUGACAUUUUUAAAGCAAUCCAGUAAGUACUUUCGUAACUUAUAAUAGAGAGGCCAUUGGGCUCGGUUUGUUAAAAAGUCCCCAAAACAUUGCUGUAUGACAGCCUAAUUUAAGCGGUAUGUGAGGAUGUGUCCCAUGUCACACUUGACCUGGACAUACCGGGCAAGUUCUUGCUCAUAAGCGCAUAGUUUCUUGCUAAGGUAGCCGAUUUGUCAAGACAAAACGUGAAGGUUGUUUACUGAGCAAACCUUUUAAAUUGAAUCAUGGACAGUCCGGAGUAAAAUAUUGUGUUUUUUUUUUGUAACAGCAUAAAGCAUUUCUCAUACAGACAUUUUUAGACAUCCCCGCCAGUCUUUGACCAGAGAAAAAUGUUGAUGAAUGAUAUCUGUAAAAAAAGUAUUUAAUUUAUUUUUGUUUCUCUAUAUUUCAGAAAAUAAUGUAAAAUUAGAGAAAAUGCCAAAAAAAAAAAAAAAUUACGGGAAAUUCUCGAUGAAACGACAGUCUAGAAAAAACUGCAACAACAUACUUUUUGCAUACUUGUCUAGUUUUUUGAUCAACUAUAUUUUUGUUGAAGUCAAUAGGCUUAUAUCUUGAGAGAAGCAAAACAGAACAAAAAAAAAAACAAAAAUAGAAACACGGAGCAUGUUAGAAACGAGAGGUUAUGGUGAAAUAAUUAGUAAGGGGCUAUACUGCAGACACAAAAUGUUGUUAUUGUUGUUGCAAUAUCACAACACAUUCCCCAUACAUUUUUGGGGAAUGCUACUAAAAUUAAAAUAGGGUUCGUUUUGAUAACGACUGGCUCGAUUAUCGCGAAAACUGUCGUUUCAUAUUUUAAACGAUAAAUUCCGGCUCAGACAUCGAAGUUUUAGCGCUUCAAGAUCUUAGAAAUAAUAACCCUCCAAACAAUUUAACGGGGUUUCUACUGCGAAUGGGAAUAUAAAUUAGUUUAUGGUAUUACAUAUAAUAAGAAAACCGUAACAAAGUAACUGCAAACAAUUACUAAUGUUGUUGUAACUCCGGGUUUCGCCGCACUCCAUCGCACUUUCCUGAAUGAGUGAUGAGUGGCGAAAGGUGAAUAGGUGAAACUGAUGCAAAAGGUGUAAUUGCUCGAUCUUAAUUUUUUCUCUCGCGUAAUUUUGAUUGACAUUUGAGUUAUGUUAUUAGGUAAUCCGUUAAGUUUUUCUUCAAGCAGCAUCCUAACUGUUAUAUUAUAAAUCUGCACGCGUGAGUAAUCUUAAUAUAUGCAUGAAGCAUAUUCUGAAAUUAAUUUCCCUAUAAACACCGAAUACAUACAUACAUAAAAACAUACUUAUGGUUUACUUGGCACUAUUACAUGCUUAUACAACUGCAUACCAUCAAACAUGCGAAAGUAAUUGCAAAGAAAAAAAAGAACAAAAAAAAGAGGCCUGAGACCUCGUUCGGUAAUACUACAAUUCGGUAACUCGGCAAACUUUCAGACUAAACACACUUAUUUUACUGUCUUUUUCGGUAACAUGGCAAGUUUAUGCCAAAAUUUUAUGUUAUUAUUAACUUCUCUGAAGUUUUCGGGAAUAAACAAAUAGAGGAAAUAAAUGUCAAACCAGGCUUAUAUCAGUUUAUUAAGUAUUCGGAAAAGUUUAUAAAAAUAAAAUUCUUCGAAAGUAUCCUCGAAUACCGAAUUGUAAAUAACUGCACCGAACUCGGUCUGAAUACCCCUAUUGUUUUUCUUACAUGAAAUACAUUUUAUGCUAACAUACAUAUACGUGCUUCAGGAACAUCACACAAGAACCCACUACUAUAUAAAUAUGUACAUACCAUACAUACACAAUUUCAUUUGUUAACGUAUGUGCGUGCUAAGCUAUUUAUACAUUUAAUAAUUUUAUAGUCACACACAUACAUACAUAUAAAUCGCCAGAAGAAUUGCAUCGUAUCCAUCCUCAUUGUCGCAUACACAUACAUACACACACAAACAUACAAAUAUACAUACAUACAUAAAUACAAUCAUACAUACACACAUACAAACAUACAUACAUGCUAAAAUAAAUAUUAUACCUAUACAUUCAUAGAUAGAUAUAGGGCUCGCUCGGAAAUGCAGCAUUGUAGUUGCUCUGCUUGAAC